CUGUCCGUGUGUGUCGCCGAGUGGAAAGGAUACAAGUUCAACGUUAUUGAUACGCCCGGUGUCGAAGAUUUUCAUGGAGAUCUUGAGAGCGUACUGCGGGUGGUAGAUGCCGUUAUCGUGGUAAUUGAUGCAACGACCGGCGUCGAAGGGGGUACGGAGAAGGUAUGGGAAGCCGCUGAUAAAUAUGAACUCCCACGGAUGAUCUUUAUCAACAAAAUGGAUAAAGAGAACGCUAGUUUUGAAAACGCGCUUGCAAGCGUCGAUGAGGUUCUUGAAACCCGAACUGCCGUGACGCAGGUGCCAAUUGGUAAAGAAGCUGACUUUAAAGGGGUUGUCGAUCUCAUCCAGAUGGGAGCGUUCACGGAACCGCAGGAUAAUAAGCCUUCACCGAAAUCAGAGACCCCUUCCGAACUUGAAGCACAGGCCGAAGAGAUGCGGGAGCAACUUGUCGAUGUUGCAGCAGAAAGCGAUGAUGAGUUGAUUGAAAAAUUCUUUGAGGGAUGA